AAAUUUACUAUAGCGGUCUAAGGUUAGAAGUGGUGAUCCCUUUUUCACUUCUCUGAGACCGCAAUUGACUAGAUCAGGAACACCUAAUUGACUGGACCAGAGAUCCCUAAUUGACUGGAUCAGGUCAUGUAAUUCACUGAAUCAGGGACACAUAGUUAACAGGGUCAAGGACAUACAAUUAAGUGGAUCAAAAACAUGUUAUUGAACUGACUGGAUCAGGGACACAGAAAUACACUGACUGGAUCAGGGAUACAUAAUUACACUGACUGGAUCAGAGACACAUAAUUACACUGACUGGAUCAGGGACACAUAAUUACACUGACUGGAUCAGAGACACAUAAUUACACUGACUGGAUCAGAGACACAUAAUUACACGGACUGGGGACACAUAAUUACACUGACUGGAUUUUAGGCAGUAUGGAUUUCCCUGUGUUUGUUGUGUUACCAGGAAGUGGGGUUGGUUUAAGAUUUGGAUCACCGACACCAAAACAGUACACAUGUAUCAAGGACAAACCUCUCUUCCUCUACACAGUGCAUGCUUUCCACAGAUUGCCCUGGGUACAAGCUGUAGUGGUGGUUGUGGCCCCUAGUGAUAUAUCCUGUGUGCAGCAGCUAUUGGAGGAGAACCAUCUCACCAGGGUCAGGGUGGCAGCUGGUGGCAAAACGAGGCAUAGGUCCAUAUACAAUGGAGUGAAGGCCCUCAGAAAUGUAUGCCGAGGAAAUGACGUUCUUCUAAUUCAUGACAUUGUCAGGGUUUUAGCAGACGAGUCUGUUGUGAUGAAUGUGGCUAAAGCUGCUAAAUUGUAUGGAGCUGCAGGAAUCACACGACCUCUGACCUCCACUGUGAUAGCGAAGGACAGUGAUGGCUUCUUGUCAGAAUCUCUAGACAGAACUAAAUACCUCGCCAGUGAGAUGCCCCAAGGGUUUCACUUUGAUAUCAUCAACACUGCUUAUGAAAAGGCUACUGAAUAUGACUUUGAGUUUGGAACAGAGUGUCUACAUUUGGCAUCCAAAUACACAGGGACCAAGGCGAGUCUGGUGGAAGGACUGGACAAUCUGUGGAAGGUAACAUACAGAAAAGAUAUAUUUGCUGCGGAGGGAAUACUAACAGAAAAUCUGUCAUCGGUUUUUAUUGAAGAGGGGAGUCCACGUUAUCGAGAAAGUAUAGUGGCCAGUCUCAACAGUGAAAAUCUAAUGGUGUCAUCUGAAAAAUCUCCACUCUGCAGAGAUUCUGGAUUCAUCUUCUUUUUGCCACUAGGGAGCUCAGAGUCGAACAAAGCAACCCGGAUUUCUAACAUACGUGUGUUAAUGAAGAAAAUUACAUCAAAUCAUUUUGAAGAUGAUUGUGACAGACAGAGUAACGGGUCAUUGCCUGACUGUAAGAAGGAAAGUGCUUCCAAUUUUUGUGAUAGUUCUAUUCAAACACAUAAUAACGAAUGUUCUAACUGUUCUUUUCUGGCCAACAAGACAGUCGUAGUCUUGAUGGAAAUCAACAGAUCAGAUAGAGGAAGAGAUAUUGAAAACAUCAGAGAGAGGCUUCUGGAGGCCCCGUUUCCUGACAAGGUGUAUGUGUCUGUGGUGGUUUUUCACAACGAAUCUAAUUUACAUACCCUGGGUGAUAUGACAGCGUCGCUGCUUAGAAACCAACAUUCCGGAAUGAACUGCCAGAUUUACUAUGCACAAUGAACAACAGCUCGGAAUGAACCGCCAGAUUUACUAUGCGCAAUGGACAACAGGUCGGAAUGAACCGCCAGAUUUACUAUGCGCAAUGAACAACAGGUCGGAAUGAACCGCCAGAUUUACUAUGCGCAAUGAACAACAACUCGGAAUGAACCGUCAGAUUUACUAUGCGCAAUGAACAACAGCUCGGAAUGAACCGCCAGAUUUACUAUGCGCAAUGGACAACAGCUCGGAAUGAACCGCCAGAUUUACUAUGCGCAAUGAACAACAGCUCGGAAUGAACCGCCAGAUUUACUAUGCGCAAUGGACAACAGGUCGGAAUGAACCGCUAGAUUUACUAUGCGCAAUGAACAACAGGUCGGAAUGAACCGCCAGAUUUACUAUGUGCAAUGAACAACAACUCGGAAUGAACUGCCAGAUUUACUAUGCGCAAUGGACAACAGCUUGGAAUGAACUGCCAGAUUUACUAUGCGCAAUGAACAACAACUCGGAAUGAACAGCCAGAUUUACUAUGCGCAAUGAACAACAACUCGGAAUGAACCGCCAGAUUUACUAUUCACAACGAACAACAGAUACAGUGCAAUUGAAAGAUUAGUGCAAUAAAUUCUUCCUCAUUUGGAA